AUGGAGGAGCGGCAGGAGGAGGAGCGGGAUGAGGAGGAGCUGGAGGAGCUGCCAGCGCCUCGGGGUUUUUUUUCCCUCUUAGAAUUGUUGGAGGAAUUUUGUCCCCUGGUGGAAAGGCUGGGCUUGGAUGAGAAUUUUGUGGAUAUCACGGAGCUGGUGGGGAAAAGGCUCCAGCAGCUGGAAUUUGGUCAUUCCCAAAUCCAAGCGUGCGGCCACAUCUACAACCAGCAAGGGAUUAAUUUACAGGAUCCACGCCACCUCCAACUCAUCCUGGGCUCCCAGGUGGCUCAGGAAUUCCGGAAUUCCCUAAAAAGCCGGCUGGGCCUCACCGGUUGCGCCGGGGUGGCUCCCAGUAAAUUAUUGGCCAAACUGGUCUCGGGCACCUUCAAACCCGACCAGCAAACGCUGCUUCUCCCAGAAAACCACCAGGAUUUGUUAUCCAGCUUGGAGCACAUCCAAAAACUCCCAGGGAUCGGCCACCGGACGAGCCAACGCUUGGAAUCGUUGGGAAUCAGGACGGUGAGGGAGCUCCAGGAUUUUCCAGGGGUUCUUUUGGAGAAGGAAUUCGGUUUUUCCACGGCUCAGAAACUCCGGAAAAUCAGCUCGGGGGAAGAUGAUUCGCCGGUGAUUCCUUCGGGACCUCCCCAGUCUUUCAGCGACGAAGAUUCCUUCCCAAAAUGCUCCUCGGAAGCGGAAGCGAAGGAGAAACUCCGCCAGCUCCUUCCCAACCUUUUGGACAGGAUAUCCAAGGAUGGGCGGCAACCCCACACCGUGAGGUUGAGUAUCCGGAGGUUUUCCAGCCGGGAUCGAGGGAUCCAGCGGGAAAGCCGGCAGUGUCCCAUCCCGUCCCACCUCAUUCCCAAAUUUGGGAAGGGAAAUUCCACCCUCAUCCCCCCUCUCCUCGAGAUCCUGAUGAAACUCCUGGGCAAAAUGAUCCCGCUGGAAUUCCCAUUCCAUCUCACCCUGCUGAGCAUCAGCUUUUCCAACCUGAAGGAAAUUCCCAACCGGAAAAAUUCCAUCAGUUUCUACCUGAAACCCUCGACUUCCAAGGAAGAAAAAGAGGGAAUUUCCUCAGCGAAAAUCCGGAGAAUUCCCGAGGAAAUUCCAGCUUUUCCAGGGCCUUCAUCCGCAGGAACUUCAGGAAUGCCAUCCCAAGGAAAACCAGCAGGAAUUUUCCCCCCUCCAGGGGUGGAUCCCGAAGUUUUCUGGGAGUUGCCCCCGGAAUUGCGGGAAGAGGUGGCGGCCGAGUGGAAAAACCGGGAAAAAAACCCUCAAAAUUCCCGGGAAAAUUCCCAAAAAACCCUCAAAGGGAAGAGGAAAAAUCCGGGAUCGUCCCAAUCCAAGAGUUUGCUGGAUUAUUGGAAGGGCAGGUGA